AUGAGGGUCGUCGCGACAUUCCACCAGCCAUCCUCAGUCGUGUCCUCCGCGAGAUGCAGUCUAACGGCCGACCAAGAGUUCCUCGUAGUCGGAAAGACCAACAGAAUCGAGGUCUUCUCGCUGCAAGCAGACGGCUUGCGCAAGGAAUGCAGCCUUGAGAUAUGGGGAAGGGUCGUGGCAGUCAAAGCACUGCCGGUUGGCGAUACCUCCAAGAUCCUCGUCCUUACAGAUCAUCCUGACCCCAGACUGAUAGUCUUGGGAUAUACUACUGACGGCGAGGGGAGGCCAAGCCUUGUCAGCAAACACUAUGUCGAGCUGCACGAUCGCUACGCUCGCCCUGCUGAAUUUGUUACGGACGUCCUCGUACAUUCAUCGGGACGGAUCGCAGUGGUCAACUGCUACACCGGGAAGCUUAAGCUCAUCAAGUUUAGGGAAGGGAAGAAGCCGGAGGUCAUGGAUGUCUCGAUCCCCGAAUUAUACAUUGUCGCUCUGACUUUCCUGCAAACGGAGUCCGACUCGUAUGCACUCGGCAUCCUACACUUCAACCACCAACGACAGCUACAGCUGCUCUCCCGCGACAUCGACCUCGACAACUACGAGAUCUCACCCACGCCCUCCGUCACCAUCCGCUCGUGCAUCCUCCCGUCCUCCACCUUCCCCGAGACAGAAUCCCCGCCCUUGCUCGUCCCCGUCCCUCCUUAUGCUUCGCCUGAAGCGGAAGACGACGAAUACGACGACGAGGAGGACAGUCGCCGGAGCCACCGUGGCGGCGUGCUUGUGCUCGGUGGACGCAAGAUCCUCUUCAUCGAGCACGAAAGCCGGGAGCAGCAGGAGGUGAAGCGCGGAAAGCAGCGUCGCGUGAGCGAGCGCCUCUCGAGCGGGGACUCGAAGCAGAUGCUGAAGGCGAAGGAGAAGGAGAAGGAGCGCGACGCGAGGAAGGCGAAGCCCCGCCUGCGGGUAAACUGGCCUUGGAGCGAGAUUACAGCAUGCUGUCCCGUAGACCCAGACGGUCGACGGUUCCUCAUCGGCGACACCUACGGCCGGCUCACCAUGCUCGCCUUCACCGACCCGCCCUCCCUCCUAGUCGUCCCGCUCGGCUCGACCUCCCCCGCGACGUCCCUCACCUACCUCACCUCCCAGGUCCUCUUCGUCGGUUCACACUUCGGCGAGCCCCAGCUCCUCCGCGUCUCGCCCACGCCCGUGUCAGACGUCGACGCGGACACACUGCCGGUGCCGAAGGGCGUCGCGACGGUGGAGCCCGCUGCGCUGAGUGCGGGCUCGUCGGCGGCGAAGGGGAAGGGGCGGGCAGAUAGGGACUGGGAUAUGGAGGCGCGGGAGGCCAGAGAGGGGAAGGACGGGAAGGUGGUCAGUACAAAGGGGAGCUAUGUGGAAGCUGUUGACCGAUGGGAGAACGUCGCCCCGAUUGUCGAUGCUGCGAUGGCAGAUUUGGAGGGCAGCGGGCAGCCCCAGAUCAUAACGUGCUCGGGAGGUCGGAACAGCGGCUCGUUGAAGGUUAUCAGGACAGGUGCAGACUUCCAAGAGAGAGCUGUAGUCGAGGGGCUGGCGAACGUCACCAACAUCUGGGCGAUCCGGUCCCGCUUCGAGGAUACUGUUGACAGCCACAUCAUCGCGUCCACGCUGGAGGAGACCUACGUCUUCCGCUUCGACAGCGCCGAGUCCAUCACACGACUCGACCCUAGCACCGACGGGCUCCUCGCAUCCGUGCCGACUCUCGCAAUCAAGAACAUCCCGCGACGGACGACGGCGGGCGGCAAGUCCGCGUACGUGGACUCGUCGCUCGUCGUGCAGGUCACGCCGCAGAAGCUGCGGCUCGUUGAGUACGACAAGGCGCUUGGGCUGUUCUCUCUCGUGAGCGAAGGGUGGGACGCGCAGAAGGAGGGGCGGAGCAUUGUCGCGGCCGACUUGAACGCGAGCCAGGUCGUGCUCGGUCUGGGGAGGGGACGGCUGGCGUUGUACAAUUUGAGCGACAGCAGGCAGUUCCAACUGCUCAAACAUAGGGACUUUGCUGACGCGACUUACGGCCCGCUCGAGAUCGCCGCCGUCUCGUGCGCGCCCUUCGACCCGACGAAGAACUACGCGACCAUGAUUGCGGUCUCCUUCUGGGGCACGAACCGCGUCGCGCUCCUAUCGCUCAACACCGCGGAGACGUACCUCAGCACGCUCUGCGAGGUCGGCGUCCCGUCCCUGCCGCGCUCGCUGCUCCUGCACAACUUUGGCGCGAGCCGAAGUAGGAAGGAGCCAGACUUCCGGCCGCACCUCCUCGCGGGCCUUGCAGACGGGAGCGUAGUGUCGUUCGGCAUCAGGGAGAAGGAGGGCGCACUCGCGGAACAGAAGCAGUUCUCGCUGGGAACGGCGCCAGUGUCGUUCACGACGUGCGUUGUGGAUGGCCGGAAGGCGGUGCUUGCGAGCGGGAGCAGGGCGAGUGUGAUGUAUUGGGAUCGACAGAGGUUGAAUCAAUCGCCAGUGAUGCUCAAGGAACCAGUGGUCGCAGCCAGUAUCAACUCCUCAGCCUACCCGUCUUGUCUCGUGCUAGGAACACCGUCUUCGUUACUCAUUGGCAACGUGCGCGGAGUGGACAAGAUGCAGAUCAAGACGGUGCCCUUGGGGCUGGAGAACCCGCGAAGAAUAUCGCACCACGCGCAAUUCAAAGCGUUCAUCAUUGCCUGCACCCGGACUACGCCACCGCGUAUUGGUGACGCAGAAGACAUGAUUAGCUCACUAAAGGUCCUCGAUGAUACUACGUUCAAUCCAUUGGCCUCGUUUGCCUGUGAGCCCGGCGAGGAGAUCACAGCGACGCUGGCGCUAUCAGGAGGGGACGAACACCCGAGUCCUUGCUCGAUCUGCAUUGGAACCGUCGAGUUCCAGGUUGACGAGCGAGAGCCAUCUGCGGGUCGUAUCAUCCUGUUCUCGCUUGACACGAGUGCAGGCUCUGCCCCCACGCUCAGAAUGUUGGCUUCGCGGGAUGUUGGCGGAUGCGUAUACCAGCUGGUGAACAUCAGGGGUAUGAUUGCUGCUGCUGUGAACACUUCGGUAAUCUUGUUCAAGACCGAGACCAUCAACGAUUCGACCCUGCAGCUACGCAAGGUGUCCGAAUGGAACCACAACUACAUCGUCACCAGUCUCGUCUGCAAAGGCCGGACUCUCGUCGUGGGCGACGCUAUCAGCUCGGUAUCGGUGCUAAGCCUCGACAAUAACGGUCAACUGCAGUGCAAGGCGCGGGACUAUGCACCUGUAUGGCCCGUCGCAGUCGAGACAAUAGGCAACGGCGGUGUCAUUGGAGCCAACAGCGAUUGCAACCUCUUCACAUUCGCUAGAUCCAGUGAUCGUACUACGCUGGAGAGGGACGGGAGCUACCACAUCGGAGACGUCGUCAACAAGUUCAUCCCUGGCGGUCUCGGCUCCGCUGACCUCACGAACAAUUUGCUCGAGUCGAAACUGGUCUUCUUCACGUCAGCAGGUCGCAUCGGCGUCGUGUUCGAGAUGAGCGAUGACAUUUCUUUGCAUAUGACUGCGCUACAGCGCAAUAUGGCGAAACAUAUCAUCGGGCCUGGUAACACAUUCCAUCCAAAAUGGAGAGCACCAGCGAACUCGCGGGGUCACACCGAUGCAGAAGCAGCGUUCGGCUUCCUUGAUGGCGACUUCUUGGAGCACUACCUCUCGGUACCCGAUCCACACAAGUUCCUCGCGGGCGAUAACGAAGCCGAGCGGAUAUCCAUUCCUGGUCCUCAAAUUCAAGAUGUAUUGGAGAAGUUACAGAGCUUACAUUGA